UCGGCGGGAGUUGGGGCGUAGGUCCCGCGGAGCUCGGCGGGAGUUGAGGCAGUCGCCCCGACCCCGGUUCCCGCCGUGCGGCGGCGCGGUCGCCUCGGUCCGAGGGGCGCUCGCUCUUCUGGCUUGGUUCCGGUGCGAUGGAGGCGGAAAGGCUGAUGGUGCUGUUCGAGGACGACUCGGUGGAGGUGCACUACGCGGGGGGGUCCCGCCUGCUGCUGUCUCCUUGCGGCUCCGAGUAUCUGUACGAAGCGGCGCUCCCCGCCGCCGCCCACCCGCUCCAGCCGGCGGAGACCACCCGCCAGCGGGUCGCCUUUGCCGUCAGUGCCUACCAGGAGCAACUUCUACGAGCGCUAGAUUUCCGGAACGCGUUUGCUUCUCGCCCGUACUUGCCUUCGCGUGUUAUACCUCCGGAAAGAAAAAAG